AUGCAACGGAAAAAGUCCUUGGUUCGACAUGAGCGCGAACGCAUCGACCCGAACCACCGGCAAUGGUUUUACCGCAACCAUGCCGCGCAGAUGGACCAAAACCGGAACUCGAAUCUCGUCUAUAUGCCAUCCUCUACCGGUUUCUUGCCGCAGCAUGGAUCUGCGCCCUCAGGCUCCGGUAUGGCUGGCAUCACCGGGCCCGGUGGCGGUGUGAGCGGUUACGGUGUGACCGGACCCAACGCGCCACCACCUACGCAAUUCGCGCGGGGCACGUCUCUGCGCCGUGGCAAGUCGCUGCUUGGCCACAAUGAAGACAAAGUAGAGAGUGGUAUUCAUUUCUUGCGGCGCGGCGUGAGUAUGCGCAGACUCCCACCUGGCAACCCCGAACCAGGCGCCGGUGGCGGAGGGGACAAACAACCACCGCCAGAGGCACCGCCGUCAGGCAAGUUUGACUGGAUUGCUCCAGGUCCUGUGGGACCCUGGAUGAUUUACAGUUGGCUCAUAACGUGUUGUAUCACGAGCCCAUGCCUGAAGCUCGUGGGUAUCAAGACUCCCGAGCAACAGAGGGCCUGGCGCGAAAAAAUGGGUCUGAUUUCUAUCAUUCUCGUACUCAUGGCCAUCGUCGGUUACAUCACCUUCGGUUUCACGCAAACAGUUUGUGGCGUCCAAAACCGUUAUGAGCUGAAGGACGUAUUCACAAAAACAGAAAUGUCGUCCUCUGUUCUACUCGCCGGUAAAAUGAUUAGUCUUGACAGCUACCCACACCCGCCAUUUCCUGGCGAUGACCAAUUUCCUAACCUCACAAGCACACAUAAUGUUUUUGCUUACAAUGACCAUUAUGGUGCUAGCAGUGGUGCCGAUUUGAACCUUCUCUUCCAGAAAACAGGUGACGAGUGCGAAGGUGUCCUCGAGCCUGUCCCAGACUCGAAUCCUCCACGAUAUUUCAGGUGUGCCUUGCUUCGUCGCAAAAGCGAGUACGGUUCCCCGAUGUUUAUCGAUGAUCGGGCAUGUCAUCCUGAGUCGGUUCGAUCCAUGGUACUCAAUCAGCAACCAAACAAACACUUACCUCCUGUUCAUGGCACAGCCUUUGUGCGUUGGAAUGACACGGGUUUGCAGAACUACUCCAACUACCUGUUCUAUCGCAGUUUUGUCAUUGACCUAAGUAUCUUGGAAUACUCAGAUACCAAGCUCACUCCCUUUUUGCAGCAGCUGAAGAAUAAUGAUACGAAAAAGGAGUGGACUGGACGCGAUAUUACGGCGAAAGCCAUGCGUAAUAAUGUGACGAGAGACUUGGACUGCCUCAAGCAAUUAGGAAGUAUUGCCACGCUUGAUGUGGACUCGUAUGGUUGCAUUGCCUCGCAGGUCGAACUGGUUCUGUCCAUGAUUUUCAUUGUCGGCUUGGUUGCGAUCAAAUUCUUGAUGGCCGUUUACUUUGCGUGGUGCAUUUCGUGGAAGAUCGGCAACUACGACAAAGAGUCGUAUGUGCAACGCAUUAAGCGGAACAACGAAAUUGAAGACUGGUCGGAGGACAUCUAUCGUCCAGCUCCUCCCGGCUACCGGCCGAAUGUCAAAAAGUCGUUCCUUCCGACGACGAGUCGAUUCAAUCAGAUGUAUCAAAAGCCUCAGGCUAAGCCAACAACCAUGGAGCGCAAGAUCGCGGCUGCUCGCUUAGGCACGAACUCAGCAGUUACAUCCCCGCCUGGCUCGCCCAUGCUCGGCACAGGACGCAGCUCUGCAUCACUAGCUCAGCCUAUGCUCCCAUCAUCACAAUCGACUCGGUCGUCGAACUCGAGUUCCGACUCACCAUGGGGUCCAUGUCCCUUCCCGUUAUGGAAUGUGGUGCCGCAGCCACCAUCAUCCUACCAACCAUUUAAUUUCCCACUCGUGCAUACAAUUUGCCUGGUCACUGCCUACUCAGAAUCGAUCGAAGGUCUGCGCACGACACUAGACAGUCUCUCGACCACUAACUAUCCUAACAGUCACAAGCUGAUUCUUGUGAUUGCAGAUGGUAUUGUGAAAGGUGCUGAUUCAGACAUCUCGACUCCGGAUAUUUGUCUGUCGAUGAUGAAGGACCUUAUUACGCCGCCCGAAGAGGUCGAAGGUCAUUCGUAUGUCGCGAUUGCCGACGGCGCAAAGCGUCACAACAUGGCCAAGGUGUACGCAGGAUUCUACGACUACGACGACCAGACCGUGGAGCGGUCCAAGCAGCAACGUGUGCCGAUGAUCCUGAUCGCCAAGUGUGGUACGCUGAUGGAAAUGGACAGUGCGAAGCCCGGCAACCGCGGUAAGCGUGACUCUCAGGUCGUCUUGAUGGCCUUUAUGCAGAAGGUGCUCUUUGACGAACGUAUGACGCAGUUUGAGUACGAGUUCUUCAACGCAAUCUGGCGCGUGACCGGUGUGACACCAGAAAACUACGAGAUUGUUCUUAUGGUCGACGCUGAUACGAAGGUGUUCCCCGACGCGCUCACGCGUAUGACAGCAGCGAUGGUCGAAGACCCGGAAAUCAUGGGUCUUUGCGGUGAGACAAAGAUUGCAAACAAAACCCAAACUUGGGUCACGAUGAUUCAGGUGUUCGAAUACUACAUUUCGCACCAUCAGACGAAGGGCUUCGAGGCAUGUUUCGGUGGUGUUACAUGCUUGCCCGGUUGCUUUAUUGCAUACCGCCUCAAAGCACCGAAGGGACCGAAGGGCUUGUACGUGCCGAUCCUUGCUAAUCCAGAUAUUCGUCGAGCACUAUUCGGAGAAUGUGGUCGACACUCUGCACAAGAAGAAUCUGCUGCUUCUCGGUGA